ACGUCUUACGUCAAAUGAGGAAAGUGUUUGUGUUUGAAAUUUAACGGCACAACGUAAAACUCUGUAAAGUGGAAUCAAAUUGUUUUAUUAUUUUCUUGAUAAAACGGUAUUGUGAAUUCAUCAAGAUGGAUAACAUUGAUGACAUUCGUGACGAAGAUUUUAUCCCAUUUCUUCAUGGAUUAGGUGUAGAGACGUAUAAGAAGUCUUUUGAGUGGAUGUUAAACGAUUCAGACUUUUCUGGCGUUCUGCAGUGGAUUUAUAAUAAUUUAGAUCAUAACAAUGCCUUAACUGCGAGAGAAGAGUGCAGAUAUGCUGAGUUAGAAAAGAAAGGUAAAUUAUUGUCACCUGAUAACUUGGAAACACAAAUCCUAUCAAUACAAGAAGAAUUUGAGGGUUUAGUCCUAGCUGGGGACCUGGAUUCCUUAGAGGAUGCCAAACUUGAUAUCAUAAGGCAGAAAGAAAAGCUUGCAAUGUUACAGAUGCAUGAAGACAUGAUCAAUGAAAUGAUCGCUCAAGACGAAUCAACUAAAGAGGAUCUCACGCUAGACAUUGCUAGAUUAGAAACAGUGCAGAAGCAAUGUAAUCUAGACGUCAAUACAGUUAGCGAGCAGUGCUUGCAAUUGGCAGAGGAGGUUGAAAACAUUACCAGCAGUGUUAUGAAUGUUAUUGCCGAUGUUUUGAACGUAUAUGGCUCCAGUAUCAAUGAUAAAGAAUUAUCGAAACAGUUUUUCACAUUUGGUCCUCUGGAGUCGUACCGACAGACGCAGUCACUGUUCAAAUCUCAUUUCGAUUUGUACACCAACAAGAAGUUCAACGACCGCCAAACAGAUGCAAACGAGGACGAUCUACGAACUGCCCUCAUUGAAGCUAAGGAUAUGGAGGAACGUCUCUCUGAUGCCGUCUGUACAUACAUAGAAUCCAAAGCCGAGCUGAGUGGGGAGCUUGCCAAGUUGAUGCUUGUGUCCAACUAUAGCCAUGUACAUUCAAGUGACAUUACGGUCUGUUCAUUGGAGGCUCAGAGUGCUAUCAGUUUGCUGGAACAAGAGGAGUGUAUAUUGGAGCAACAGUUAUUGUCCACCGUCAAACUGUACAGCGAGGCCAGAACGAGGCUGGCUGUGUCCACCAGCACUACCUCAGCUAUGAUGAUAAGACGACAAAUCUACAAAGACCUAUCGUACCUGGUGGAUGUAUGUCAACAGGCGGUAACGUUAGACCGUCUCGUGUACUACGCUCUGAGAAGGGAACUACGUACUAUGGAAGACGUGAUGCAGUUUGCGGCUCACCUACGCCUGUAUGUGAUACAGGAGAGGGAAAUAGUUGCUGAUAGGAUCAAAUCAAUGACUGAUAUAUGUACAGAACAGGAAAAUGUUGAAAGAAAUCUACAAAAAUCUAACAUUUUAUUACAAAGUUUGUCUUCAAUACUCGGAGUUAAUAGUACAGAUGUGUCGUUAUAUGCGAAGACAUACAACGAAAUUAUGAGUAGAGGCAAUCAGUUGAAAGAAAAUAUCACUGAAGAAUAUAAAAGGAAAGAAAAUGACUUGAUGCUAUAUAAGAAUUCAUCGGCCCACCUAAGAUCCUACAUCUAUGAUGGUUGCACGAAACAGCCGAACUGCAACAACACAAUCGUCUCAGCGAUGAGACAUCGUCUGACACAGGACAGAGAUGCUGUGGAUGAGAGGAUCGUUGAAACCAGCGUUCUGUUUAAUGAUAUCAAGAAAAACGAUAAAAAUAAUCUGAGGAAGUUGUGGCAGUGGUUUCUUACGGAUCAGUCAAAGCUGUUAGCGACUAUCAAGAAUACAAGAGGAUGAAUAGUCUGUUAUAAUUGAAUAUAUAUAAUUAUACACAAUAAAUAUGUUUGGUUGUUGGUGUAAA